GAGAUCGAGAUAGACAAAGAGAUCGGUAUCAUGAUGAUGGAAGAGAUCAGGAUGGAGACCAGGAAAGGGAUCAAUAUAGGGAAAGAGAACGAGAUCAUGGCAGGGAAAGAAAUCAGGAUUAUUAUCUCCGAGACCAUCACAGAAAUAGGAACACAAAGGAUGACAGGGGAAAGGACAGACCAGAUGAAUCUGAUCGCCAUUGCAAUCAUGAUAAUGACUGGCACCGAGAAUAUGACCAAGAUGGGAGUAGGAGAAAUAGACAUGUAUCACGCUCUCGUUCUCCGUCUAAAAGCAAGCGUGUAAGUGGUUUUGACAUGGCUCCUCCUGGCGCCCCUCCGCUGCCUGUUGCUGCUGGUGCAGAAGGCAAUGUUGGGCUUCAUGUGCCAUGGUGCUACCCAAUGGUGUGGCCAGUGUAGAUAUUAUGUUCAACAAGGAACCAAUGCACUGUUUUGCUGGAUCAUGUUCGCCUUCAGCCGGAAACUAUUGCCUUUUGGUAGACUUACAGAUGUAUCUUCAGCAACAACAGUAAUGGAUUUGUUUCUUAUUUAUAUUUUGCUGCUGUUUAUGCAAGUCAUAUCAAGCAGGAAGGCACAACAUCCUCUACCCUCCACCUUAAAACAAGAAUUCAAUAGUUUCACCGGUGUUGCUCACGUCCUCAUAGCAACACAUCAUGGCUGUUGCUUGCUUUCAUAUUUACUGUUUCUUGUCUGUUCCUUGUACAGGGCAGCUGCCUGGCAUUCCUCAACCUCUGACAGGAAUACUCCCAACCAUGUUUCCUCUUCCAACCCCACAGCUAGGAUCAAUGUCAGUGAUGCCAGCUCCAGCAAUGACUCAACAGGCGACAAGGCAUGCACGCCGUGUGUAUGUUGGAGGCCUUCCUCCCAUGGCAAAUGAACAGACCAUUGCUACAUUUUUUAGCCAUGUCAUGACUGCCAUAGGAGGAAAUGCUGCUGGUCCAGGUGAUGCUGUUGUCAAUGUGUACAUAAACCAUGAAAAGAAAUUUGCUUUUGUUGAGAUGCGAUCAGUUGAAGAAGCAAGUAAUGCAAUGGCAUUAGAUGGUAUCAUAUUUGAGGGAGUUUCAGUGAGAGUUCGAAGACCUACAGACUAUAAUCCUUCAUUGGCUGCAGCACUUGGACCUAGCCACCCGCAUCCUCAUCUUAACCUAGCUGCAGUCGGUCUCACUCCUGGCACAAUUGGUGGAGCUGAGGGACCUGACCGUAUCUUUGUAGGUGGCCUCCCCUACUACUUCACGGAUGCACAAAUAAAGGAGCUACUAGAGUCCUUUGGACCUCUGCGUGGAUUUGAUGUUGUUAAAGAUAAGGACACGGGAAACUCAAAAGGUUAUGGUUUUUGUGCCUAUCAGGAUCCAUCAGUCACGGAUGUGGCUUGUGCUGCACUUAAUGGUCUGAAAAUGGGUGACAAGACACUAACCGUACGCCGUGCUUCUGCCAGUACUGGGCAAAUUAAACCAGAGCAGGAGUUGAUCUUACAGCAAGCACAACAACAUAUAGCUAUGCAGAAAAUGGCUCUACAGGCUGGAAAUGCCCUGCCUUUUCCUGGAGUUGGGUUGGCACUUGCUGCUCCUGCAGCAUUUCCAACUAAAAUUCUAUGCUUGACUGAGGUGGUGUCCAUCGAUGAGCUGAGGGAUGAUGAGGAAUAUUCAGAAAUAUUACAGGAUAUGAGAGAAGAAAGUGGAAAAUUUGGUUCGUUGGUAAAUGUGAUCAUACCACGCCCAAUUCCAAAUGGGGAAUUGAUUCCCGGAGUUGGAAAGGUGUUUUUGGAGUACACAGAUGUCACAGGCUCAACUAGGGCAAAGGCUGCUCUCCAUGGAAGAAAAUUUGCAGGGAACAUUGUCACUGCUGCAUAUUACCCUGAGGACAAAUUUAGUAUGGGAGACUAUGGGGCAGAAGCAAUGGUUUGAGCAGGAUCCUAUACGCAUUGCUAUCACGUUUCCCAGUAUACAGGUAGCCAUAUUUUCUUGAGCUCUAGAUGUCAGGCUUUGAUUUGCAUCAGGAUGUAGAGGGUGGCCUGAUCUUUUGUAUACGAAUCUUGUUGAGUAGGGAUGCUGUUGGUACAUGACUUUAGUCAUGCUUGAUGAUUUUAUAUCGAUCUAUCAGUUACUCAUUGAACUGGAUGACAAGAUCUAUCUACACUAAUAAACUGUGAGAUGAGCAUCUCGUAAAGGGACCUUGAUCCCAACUGUUGAGGUAUAUGGUCUGGUUCAUUGAAUACCGAUAUCAUACAAACAUUGUAUAUUUUUGCUGCAACAAUCUGGACGAUGCUGAAGACUAUUGUGAUUAAAAAUGCUCAUUAUUAUACAGGAUCUCUAAGCAUGCUUCUAGCUUA